AACGCCGUUGCGUGGGCGGCUCGGGGCGCGUCAUGUUACACAGCUUGUCCAUCACCAUCACACGGAAGCGGGCGCGUCCUAUUUGCGCUCGAUGAGCCUGAGACGCCAUGCCUAUAAAAGCCCUGUCGCGAAGUCGCGCCGGCCAGCAUCCUUUCCCCCUUCCCCCUCCCGCCCCCCAUGAUCUCCAAAGGCUCCCUCGUCCUCCCCACCCUCCUUUCCGCGUCCCUUGCCCUCGCGCAGGGCCAGGGUAAUGACACCGGGAGCUCGAAGGUCGCGACAGCAUGGUUCGCCGGCUGGCACACCAACACCACCCCGGCCUUCACGCUGGACGACGUGUCUUGGGACAAGUACACCAAGCUCACGUACUCGUUCGCCGAGACCGCGCCCGACGGCUCCCUCGACCUGGGCAACUCAAACGCGACCCUCCUGCCCGAGUUCGUCGCCCGGGCGAAGCAAAACAACGUCACCCCCGCGGUCAGCAUCGGCGGCUGGGCAGGCUCGCGCUUCUUCUCCUCCGCAGUUGCCACCCCGGAGAACCGGACAGCAUACGUGAAGACGGUCGUCGAUUUCGCCAAGCAGUACGAGCUUCCGGCCAUUGACUUCGACUGGGAGUACCCCAACAACCAGGGCCUGGGCUGCAAUGUCAUCAGCGCGAACGACACCGCGAACUUCCUCGCGUUCCUGCAGGAGCUCAAGGCAGAUGAGUUUGGUGCCACCCUUCAGCUCUCCGCGGCCACGGCCGUCAACCCUUUCAUGGACGAGACGGGCUCACCCUCGACGAAUGUGACCGCUUUCGCUGAGGUCUUUGACUACAUUGCCAUCAUGAACUACGACCUCUGGGGGACCUGGAGUGCGUCUGUCGGCCCCAACGCCCCGCUGAACGACUCUUGCGCCGCACCCGAGAACCAGCAGGGCUCCGCCGUCUCCGCGGUUACCGCCUGGAACGACGCCGGCAUGCCCCUCGACAAGAUCGUCCUCGGCGUCCCCGCCUACGGCCACUCCUUCGCCGUGAACAAGACCUCUGCGUUCAACGGCACCGAACUCGCGCUCUACCCGCCCUUCAACGCUACCGGCUUCCCCAAGGGCGACUCGUGGGACGACGAACCGGGCGUCGACACUUGCGGCAACAAGACCAACCAGGGUGGCGUUAUCAACUUCUGGGGCCUCGUCGACCAGGGCUACCUUGGCUGUGAUGGCCAGCCUGAGGAUGACGUUCCUUACCUCUUCGACGACUGCAGCAAGACUGCUUACGUCUACAACACUACCACGGAGGUCUUGAUCAGCUACGACUCGGAGGAGACCUUCCAGGCCAAGGGCGAGUUCAUUCAAACCAAGGGUCUCCGCGGCUUCGCGAUCUGGGAAGCUGGCGGUGACUACGAGGAUAUCUUGCUCGAUGCUAUCAGGCAAGGCGCUGGUUUCAACUAAAAACUGGAACUCAAGGGAAAUUGGACCAUGGCUAUCGUACAUACACUCGUUGUGAUCUAUUUAUUGGCGAUCUCCCGCAGUGGGAACGCUUACUAUCAUGUUAAUGCAGAUACGUCUGCGCGCACUCUCGCAAGGAACGCUGAGCUUGACCUGCGCCUUCCGUCAGCAUCGGUGCAAACAGCAAAGGGGGGCUAUUCACGGAAGACCCGAACGAGAAGAGAACAUCACCAUCUCUGUUGUAUGCUACCAUGGUCGUCGGAUCGAUAACCUUGC